UCUGGCGGUCCUCAGCGCAUCUGGGCAGCUGGCGCCGAAGCAUGAACAGCUCGCAGGCGGGCGCCACAGCCCGGGGCGCCUGGCAGAGCUCCUGCUGCAACCAGUCGGGGGCGCCGCCGGAGCCCCCCGAGGGGCCGCGCGCCGUGCAGGCGGCGGUGCUGGGCGUGCUGUCGCUGCUCGUACUCUGCGGGGUCCUCUUCCUGGGCGCCGGCCUCCUGCUCCGCGCCCAGGGUUUAACGGCGCUGCUGGCCCGAGAGCUGCGCUCGUCCCGGGAGGGCGAGCCCGGCGGCGCCAGCGUCGAUGACGACGACGAGUCCUAGGCGCCAGGCUGCGUUCGGGGGUCGCGGCCUCCCGGUGGUCCGUGGACUCCACGCCAGACUUUGAGGGAGCGGCCCCCAGCACCCGACGUCUGCAGCGGGGAGCCCUGCCGCGAUGUUGGUGCGCUCGCACAGGUGACAGAGACGCAGCCAUCCCAGGCCCCGGCUUCUUUCUCCCCUCCUCUCCUUCCCGAAGCCUUUCCCCCCAGAGGAGAUUCGAAGGAGCCCAGGAUGUGGUGUUAAUCCCGGGCAGCUGUGCCGUGCUGGACUUGCUGAGCUGUGGACUUCUCACCUCAGGCACGCCGCCCCCACCCCCUUGGAGAGAGGGCUGGCCAGGGCAGUGAGGGGUGUGUGAGACUGCUCCUGGCCCAAGCUCAGUGCCUGAGAAGCUGGCCCAUGGUGUGUGCUGUGGAGGACCUCAGUGUUCCUGGAGGAAGAUCCUGAGACGUUUGCUAAGGAACUCUGACCCUGGUCAAGGCUGUCAGACUGAGUGGGGAAGGAAAGAAUUCAGAAAAUUGGGAAAUGGGUGCUGUUGUUAAACCAUCUGUCAGGCUCAGGUUGGGAGUGGCAGGGGUGAUGACUGCAGGUCGGUGUGCCAUGGAGUGAGGCCAGGCAUUUGGAUCCCAACAAGCCUGCACUGUCCUUGAUGGAAAGGCUGGGUCCACACAUGCGUGGACAUCUUGGCUUACUCUUCCUCUAAACCCUGAGUCUCACCCUGAGGUGGAAAGGGUUGUCAUUCCUUGGCUCCCUUUCCAGCAAAGAUGGGGGCAGCUAUCUCUUACAGAUUCCCGAACCUUGCGUGGUCUGUCUCCCAGAGCGCUUUCCUCCAGUCCUAUCGGCCACACAAGGAACCUUUGAUCCAUAUACAGUACAGAUGAGAGCCUGGGAGAAACCUGGACUGUGGUGAGACCUCAUCCUGAGAUUCCUGCACACAGCUGCUGCCUCUGACCUGCUCCAUCCAACCUCCUGAAGUGCUCAUGGUGUGGGCCUGGGUGGUCAGCCCCCUAGGAAAGAAUGGGCCCCCUGGCAACUGUUGUGCGUCCUGGGCACCGAAGUGGCCACACUCUCAGUGCUGCAGACGCUGACAGACUUGUGCCUGCUGGGCCUCGUCCCAUCUCUGGUGCUGGGUGGCUGUGGUCUGACAGGCUAGUGACUUGUCCCUGCUGAAGGCGGUAGGCCAGUGUCCCAAAUUUGAAGGACUUGUGUGCCCCAGCAAUGACUCAUCACUGCCCUGUCACUUCCUGUGGCUUGUUAUUAAAUAUGCUGGUGAUGUAAA